GGGCGGGGCGAGGCGACCGAGGAUCGCGUAGCCAAGGUCCAGGCCGAAGGCCGAGGAUAGCCGAGGCCGCCGGGUGCCCAGGUCGCGGCCGCUGGGGUAGCGGGGACCGCGGUGGCUGGCCGGGCCGGGAGCGGGGCGCAGGUCACGCGCUCGUGGGGAGACUCGGGCGGGGCGCGGCUGGUGCUCUGGAGUCCGGUGCCGGGACGCGGGGUCGCCGGGCCUGCUGUAGGUACGCGAGGGCCCCGGACGGUGGCGACACCGGCUUCUCCUUGAGGCACAGGGCUUCAAGCGUUAGGGUCCUGGAACAUAGCUCCACUGCCAUCAUGGUCAACAUCAACGAGCUGCCGGAGAACAUUCUACUGGAACUGUUCACCCACGUCCCGGCCCCACAGCUGCUGCGCAACUGCCGCCUGGUCUGCAGUCUCUGGCGAGACCUCAUCGAUGUGAUGACCCUCUGGAAGCGCAAGAGCCUUCGAGAGGGCUUUGUCACCAAAGACCGGGACGAGCCUGUGGAUGACUGGAAGAUCUUCUAUAUCCUGUGCAGUCUGCAGAGGAACCUCCUCCGGAACCCCUGUGCCGAAGAGAACCUGAGAUCAUGGCGGAUAGACUCCAAUGAGGGAGAUGAGUGGAAGGUGGAGAGCCUCCCUGGGGACCACGGCACAAGCUUUCCUGACACCAAGGUCAAGAAGUAUUUUGUCACCUCUUAUGGGAUGUGCCUCAAGUCCCAGAUGGUGGACCUCAAAGCCGAGGGCUACUCUGAGGAGCUGCUGGACACCUUUCGGCCGGACAUUGUGGUUAAAGACUGGUUUGCCCCACGAGCAGACUGCGGCUGUACCUACCACCUCCGGGUACAGCUGGCCUCUGCCGACUACAUUGUCCUAGCCUCCUUUGAGCCUCCGCCUGUGACCAUCGAACAGUGGAAUGACGCCAGCUGGCAAGAGAUCUCCCACACCUUCUCCAAUUACCCUCCCGGCGUCCGUCACAUCCUUUUUCAACAUGGGGGCAAGGACACACAGUUCUGGAAAGGCUGGUAUGGUCCCCGAGUCACCAACAGCAGCAUCAUCGUCAGCCACAGGACAGCCAAGAACCCCGCCCCUGCCAGAACUCUACCGGAGGAAGGCACUAGCAAUAGGAGGAAGAUACUCAGCUUUGGCUCCUGGGAAGACCUAAGCCCUUAGUGGGCAGUCAGGUCCCCAGUCCCACGAGUAGGUCCCCUGCCCUACACAACUUUGGUCAAGCCCAAAUCAACUCGGUCACACAGCGCUGACAUUUUGUUGUAAUAAAUGUUUUCAGUAAAUCCAGCCUAUUUGGGGCUUGAUGGAGAUCAGG